AAUGAGAGAGUGAAACAGGUUAACCAAAAUGUACUAGUGUUAGACAGAGAGGUUGUGAGAAUGAAAGAAGAGAUUAGAUUGAAAGACGAGACUGAACCAGAGAGAACAUUUGAUAGAGACAGAGAGAGAGAAAAUGAUUGGAGACGAAGUGAAGAGGAGAUGAAAAAUAGAGUGGAGAGAGAGAUGGAGAUGGAGACGGCCCUCCUCAAUGACAAAAAGACGUCUGAAUUGGAGGAAGUCUUCAAGAAAAUCAAGGAACAGCGGAUAGAAUUAGAAAAUAUGGAAACAGACAAAUAUAAAUGGACACAGAACCAAAUGGACAUGGAGGAGAAGAUGGAGGGUGAGCACAACAAACAGAAAGAGGUAGAAAGAAAGAGAAUGGAGAAAAUACCAAAACAGAGACAAGAAGAAGAUGAGAAGAAGAAGGAGAUGGAGAGAGAAGAAGAGGAGAGACGCAAACAGAAGCACAUAGAGAUGGAAGAGGAAGAAAGAGAGAGGGAGAAAGAGAGACAGAUCAGAAGACAGAGAAUGGAGAAGAGACAGAAAAUUAUGGAAAGAGAAGAAGAGAGACAGAGAGAGAUUGAAAGAGAGAUUGAAGAAGAAAGAUGUGGACAGAAGCAAAUAGAGAUGGAAGAGGAAGAACGAGAGAGGGAGAAAGAGAGACAGAGAGAGAUUGAAAGAGAGCAUGAAGAAGAAAGAUGUAAACAGAAGAAAAUAGAGAUGGAAGAGAAAGAAAGAGAAGAAGAGAGACAGAGAGAGAUUGAAAGAGAGCACGAAGAAGAAAGAUGUAAACAGAAGCAAAUUGAGAUGGAAGAGGAAGAACGAGAGAGGGAGAAAGAAAGACAGAGAGAGAUCAAAAGAAAGAUCAUGGAAAAGAGACAAAAACAUAUCGAAAGAGAAGAAGAGAGACAGAAAGAGAUUGAAAGAGAGAUUGAAGAAGAAAGAUGUAAACAGAAGCAAAUAGAGAUGGAAGAGGAAGAAAGAGAGAGGGAGAAAGAGAGACAGAGAGAGAUCAAAAGAAAAAUAAUGGAAAAGAGACAAAAACAUAUCGAAAGAGAAGAAGAGAGACAGAAAGAGAUUGAAAGAGAGAUUGAAGAAGAAAGAUGUAAACAGAAGCAAAUAGAGAUGGAAGAGGAAGAACGAGAGAGGGAGAAAGAGAGACAGAAAGAGAUUGAAAGAGAGAAUGAAGAACUAUUUGAACAGAAGCAAAAAGAGAUGGAAGAGGACAAACGAGAGAGGGAGAAAGAGAGACAGAAAGAGAUCAAAAGAAAGAGAAUGGAGAAGAGACAGAAAAUUAUGGAAAGAGAAGAAGAGAGACAGAGAGAGAUUGAAAGAGAGAUUGAAGAAGAAAGAUGUAAACAGAAGCAAAUAGAGAUGGAAGAGGAAGAAAGAGAGAGGGAGAAAGAGAGACAGAGAGAGAUCAAAAGAAAGACAAUGGAAAAGAGACAAAAACAUAUCGAAAGAGAAGAAGAGAGACAGAGAGAGAUUGAAAGAGAGAUUGAAGAAGAAAGAUGUAAACAGAAGCAAAUAGAGAUGGAAGAGGAAGAAAGAGAGAGGGAGAAAGAGAGACAGAGAGAGAUCAAAAGAAAAAUAAUGGAAAAGAGACAAAAACAUAUCGAAAGAGAAGAAGAGAGACAGAAAGAGAUUGAAAGAGAGCACGAAGAAGAAAGAUGUAAACAGAAGCAAAAAGAGAUGGAAGAGGAAAGAGAGACAGAGAGCGAUCGAAGAGAAAGAGAGACAGAGAGAGAUGGGAGAGAAAGAAAGACGACAACAACAAGAGGAGAGAAAGAUCAUGUUUGAGAGAGAUCAAGAAGAAGAAAAUAUAUGGAAACAGAAGCAAAUUGACAUGGAGAAGGAGGGAAGAGAGAGGGAGAACAAGAGACAGAGAGAGAUAGAAGAGAUAC